AUGAUGCAUGCGAAGCUUGAGCAGUCAGGCUAUGUUGAUGGAGGAUUUCGCUCCGCUUGCCAGGGAGGCUUUGUGGAGAUCAACUCAUUGUCUAGGAAGCCAAUGGCGGCCACACGCCGCCACUUAGCCGACGUCCUUAGCCGCUCCGCCCUUUCUGUGCUAGGCCAAGCUGCGGCACCGCCGCUGCCUUCAGCAACGUCAAACGAAUCAAUAAGCCUGAAAGAAUACGUGCACGCACCUCCAACUGCAAUGGCGAUUGCAGGAGUGCUGACCGGCCAGAGGCAAACAGCCCAGGCCUAUCGUUCGAACUGCCCAUGGAAGACAAGACGGCAUGCGAAUCAAUCAGGCACACCUGUCUGUAGCACCUUGUCAUCAGUCGGCACGUCCCGGUGCAUCCGCGGAUACAACAAGCUUCCCCGGCCCAGGCAAGAUACCAUAGUCCCCGAUCUGCACCGACUCAGACUACCUCCGCUCGCCUCAACCCGGAAAGGCUUGGCUGCGGGAACCUUGGUUUUGCUGCCAGCCCUCACUUUGCAAACCCUGCACCUCCUCCGCUAUCGACAUUUACAGCCAAGGUAUGCCAAGGUGGUGCAAGACGAAUGGUCUGCUAGUGCUGCAAUGACACGCGACCUAUCUCUUCUUUUUGGCUUGGCCAAUCGUGGGCACGCCCUGACGCCGAGCAGCAGAAGAUCUGCUAGAAAGUUUGGGUGUGCUACGAAGUGCCGCACAUCGUAA